AUGGGCGGCCCUGCAUACCGUCGAAUCGCUGGCGGUGGUUCUGGAGAGGCUCGAGAGAGAAAUCUUAGAGAAGCACGCCAGAUGAUGGAGGGCUUCGCGGUCCAACUGAAUAUCAACCCUGCAAUUGUCGGCGUGGCUCAGGCUAUUUACCGCUCCGCCGUCAACAUGAACUUCGUUCAAGGUCGUGGCAUUCAGAAGGUAGUCGUUGUCUGCCUUUACGCCGCGUGCCGAAAGGAAACCCCCUGCAAGAUCAUGUUGAUUGAUUUGGCCGAUCUCAUCAAGGCCGAUGUCUUCACCCUUGGUCGUUACUUCAAGCAGCUCAUGCACAUCAACCCUGCUGCUAGAGAUCGCGUGCAGCCCAUCUUCGCCGAAGACCUCAUCUACCGUUUUGCGGUAAAGCUUGAGUUCGGCGAGAAGACGACUGACAUUGCUACCGCCGCUGUGCGCCUCGUUCAGAGAAUGGACCGGGAUUGGAUGGUUAUGGGCCGUAAACCGUCCGGAAUCUGCGGGUGCGCUCUUAUUAUUGCAGCACGGAUGAACAACUACCGACGCACCCCCUUGGAGGUUGCCUUCAUUGCAAAGGUCACCAUGGUCACAAUCACUCAGAGACUGGAGGAGUUUAGGAUGAUCCCCAGCGCUGACAUGAGUGUUGAGGAGUUCUACGGGUCCGAUUUUCUUGAACAUCAGCAUGACCCUCCGUCCUUUUACAAGAAGAGCGACGAAUACAAAGCCAUGAUUGAAGAGAAGAAGAAGCCGCGAAAGCGCAAGCGGGUUGCGGAAGACGAUCUGGCAGAUGUCCAGGAGCUUUCUCCUGCUGCCAACUCACCCGACAACGACCAACAACCUGUUAAUGAUGAGAAUAGUCCUACAGUUCCUGCCGAGUCUGGUGCCCAGUCGGCCCCAGUGACAGAUGCAGAUGGAUUCGUUAUUCCUGCAUUGCCACGGACCGCAGCACAAGACAAUGUUUCAGAUGAUCGCCAGUAUGAAGACACAAUGAAAGAGCUAUCAGACACCUCAGCGCAGCAACUCGGGGCCCUAGCUAAAGCUUAUGGCGACCAGUCUGCGAUUGACACGGUCGAAGAUGUUGCAAAUAUCGCGAGCCCCGGAUCUGCUGGCUCCCCAGAGAGCUCUUCAACGGGCACACCUAGUAAGCGCCGCCGCACGACUCCCGGUUCAAGCGUUCGCAGCUUGCCACCCACACAGGGUUUUAGAGAUGAGGAAUGGGAGCGAGACGAAGCCGAGCUCGUCGAUGAGAUCAACAAGCUCGACCAAGGGAUCACAGAGAGUGUCGGUGACCCCGUGACCGCAGAGCAUCUCCUGGCGUUCGCAAGCGCCAAGGAACGCGCCCGGCUUAUGACAAUUGCCGCGGAGGAGAAGGCCAAAGUGCUCUUAUCAACUCGUCCGCAUAUCUAUCAGAACAAGGACCUCGAUGCACCUGAGGUGAAUGAAUGGGAGUUCGACAAUGACCCCGAGAUCGAGAACUGUCUUCUUUCUGAGAGGGAGAAGAAGAUCAAGGAGAUGGUCUGGCUGAACGAGAACAAAGACUGGCUCAAGCAACAGCAGGAGAAGGCGUACCGGGCAAAGAUGGCGCCGCCCAAGAAGAGCAGAAAGCGAGCCAAAAAGGCCAGGAUUGGAGAGGGGCAGACCAGUCCCGCCAGCACGGCAGGUGAGGCCGCUAUCCAGACAAUGGCAAGGCACGCCGUGUCCAAGAGAAUCGACUACAGUGCUCUCAAGAAGAUGCUGGAUAGCCACGACCAUCGGGGUCCUGGCUCGACUAUGGGUAGCGAGGUCACCAGCCGUCAAACUAGCCGAGCCGGGAGCUACAUUGGCGAUGACGAAGAUGCUAGUGAUAGCGAGCCUGAGCAGAGCCAGGCGGGCGACGUUAAUCAGGAUGAGGAUGUCGAGGAUGUCGAGGAGGGUGGAUAUGACGAGGAAGAAGGUGGCGAGGAAAUUGACCCUUUUGCGGAUGACGAUCAAGGCGGUGCUGAAGACGAUGACGAGUAA